GCUGCUGCCCGCGCGUCCUCGGCUCCAGAGCGGCGGGCGAUGCGCUUCCUCCGCUGAGCGCGCCCAGGGCCGACCGGCAGCAUGACGGUGGAGUUCGAGGAGUGCAUCAAGGACUCGCCCCGGUUCCGGGCGACCAUCGAUGAGGUGGAGACAGAUGUGGUGGAGAUCGAGGCAAAGCUUGACAAGCUGGUGAAGCUCUGCAGUGGGAUGAUUGAAGCAGGCAAAGCCUACAUCACCACCAACAAGCACUUUGUCAGCGGCGUGCGGGACCUGUCGCAGCAGUGCAAGAAGGAUGAGAUGAUUUCGGAGUGCCUGGACAAAUUUGGAGACAGCCUGCAGGAAAUGAUCAACUACCACAUGAUCCUGUUUGACCAGGCUCAGAGGUCAGUCCGGCAGCAGCUGCACAACUUUGUGAAAGAUGAUGUCAGGAAGUUCAAGGAGACCAAGAAGCAGUUCGACAAGGUGCGGGAGGACAUGGAGAUCUCGCUGGUGAAGAACGCCCAGGCCCCCCGGCACAAACCCCACGAGGUGGAGGAGGCCACGGGCACCUUGACCAUCACCAGGAAGUGCUUCAGGCACCUGGCCCUGGACUACGUGUUGCAGAUCAACGUGCUGCAGGCCAAGAAGAAGUUUGAGAUCCUGGAUGCGAUGCUGUCCUUCAUGCACGCCCAGUACACCUUCUUCCAGCAGGGCUACACUCUGCUCCACGAGCUGGAUCCCUACAUGAAGAAGCUGGCCACGGAGCUGGACCAGCUGGUGAUCGAUUCUGCCGUGGAGAAGAGGGAGAUGGAGCACAAACAUGCCCUGAUCCAGCAAAGGACCCUCCUGCAGGACUUCUCCUACGAUGACUCGAAGGUGGAGUUCAACGUGGAUGCCCCAAAUGGAGUGGUGAUGGAAGGUUACCUCUUCAAGAGAGCCAGCAAUGCUUUCAAAACAUGGAAUAGGAGGUGGUUCUCCAUCCAGAACAGCCAGCUGGUGUACCAGAAAAAGCUAAAGGAUGUGCUCACGGUGGUGGUGGAGGACCUGCGGCUCUGCACCGUCAAGCCCUGUGAAGACAUAGAGAGGAGGUUCUGCUUUGAGGUGGUCUCACCUACCAAGAGCUGCAUGCUGCAGGCUGACUCGGAGAAGCUGCGCCAGGCCUGGAUCCAGGCAGUGCAGGCCAGCAUUGCCUCUGCCUACCGGGAGAGUCCGGACAGCUACUACAUCGAGAGACUGGACCGAACUGCCUCCCCCUCCACGAGCAGCAUCGACUCCGCCACCGACUCGCGGGAGCGCAGUGGGAAAGGGGAAACCAUCCUGCAGAGAGUGCAGAGCAUCCCUGGCAACGACCAGUGCUGUGACUGUGGGCAGCCAGACCCUCGCUGGGCCAGUAUCAACCUGGGCAUUCUGCUGUGCAUCGAGUGCUCGGGGAUCCACAGGAGCCUGGGUGUUCACUGCUCCAAGGUCAGAUCCCUCACGCUGGAUUCCUGGGAGCCAGAGUUACUCAAACUGAUGUGUGAGCUGGGGAACAGCACCAUGAAUCAGAUUUACGAGGCACAGUGUGAAGAGCUGGGACUCAAGAAACCAACAGCAGGGAGCUCCAGGCAGGACAAGGAGGCCUGGAUCAAGGUGAAGUACGUGGAGAAGAAAUUCCUGAAGAAGCUGCCGAGCGGGGAGGCUCUGGCGGAGAACGAGCGGAAGCCCCGGCGCUGGUGCGUCAAGAAGUGCCAGAGGCACAACAGCGCCACGAAAGCGCCCACAGCUCGGAGGAAGUACCGGCACGAGGCUGGGAAUGCCUCCCCAGCCAUGCUGUCCUCAGCAGCCACCCUGGAGAGGAAGUUCCGCCGAGAUUCCCUGUUCUGCCCCGACGAGCUGGAUUCCCUCUUCUCCUACUUCGACACCGGUGCCGGCUCCGGCCCUCGCAGUGCCAGCCACAUCCCUGAGCAGCACCCGCUCGCAGGUGGCCCCUGGAGUGGCAGUGGCAGUGGCCUUGGUCCCGGUGGGAGCGGUUCUCCGUUCCUCCUGGACGGAGGUCUGAGCAGUGACAGCGGGCUGGGCGGGAGCACCGACGGCAGCACCGACAUCCUGGUGUUCGGCUCCGUGGUGGACAGCGUGACCGAGGAAGAGUGCGAGGUGUCCGAGGAGUCCAGCGGGGAGGCAGAGAUUGAACAGGAGGCAUCCGACUUGGAGGACCUGAGGGAGCUGCACCCUGGCUUGUUGAUCUACAAGGCAGCACAAGCCCGAAAUCUGCCCCUCAUGGCAGAAGCACUUGCCCACGGUGCUGAGAUCAACUGGGUGAAUGACGAGGACGAGAACAAAACUCCUCUGAUUCAAGCUGUGAAGGGGGGCUCCUUGAUAGCCUGUGAAUUCCUGCUGCAGAACGGGGCAGAUGUGAACCAAAGAGACAGCCGAGGCCGGGCCCCCCUGCACCACGCCACGUACCUGGGGCACACUGGCCAGGUGUGCCUGUUCCUGAAGAGAGGGGCCAACCAGCAUGCGGUGGACGGCGACGGGCAGGACCCGCUGAGCAUCGCGGUGCAGGCGGCCAACGCAGACAUCGUCACCCUGCUGCGUCUGGCUCGGAUGAACGAGGAAAUGCGGGAAGCAGAGGGUCCCUUUGGACAACCAGGGCAAUAUCCCAGCAACAGCCCCACUGAGCUGCAGUACAGGAAGUGUAUACAGGAGUUCAUCAGCCUUAAUAUAGACGAGUGUUAGUGACAACUCCCCCGCGUCCCCUCUGCUGUCUUGAAGUCGGGCUGAAGUUUUCCAGAAGCCCUGAGAAGCCCCAUCCUUGGUAUAUUGGUGUUCCUUGCAGAUUGGUCUGUUUUUGAUGCCUGCACAUAUAGGUUGAGCUGCACACAGGAAGGACAAGGGGGUCUUUUCCUGUUGAGCAUUAAGUUCUCAUGCUUGACUACUGGAUGGUUGGUUUUUUUGUGUAGGAGACUCCCAGGGCAUGACUACAGACCGUGGCACGUGGACUUGAGUGUGUGAGAAGUGUGGGAGGCGAGUUUAGCGUUAAAAAUAAAAGGAGA